UCAAGGCUAGAAACUCUGCAUGUUGCUGAAACCCGAGAUUUCAACUUCACAGGGCAUCGCCAAGGCCUUAAAGGGUCCAGGUCUGUCAUGUGGAGAAAAAAUUGAUACGGCAAUGACCGCCUGGGAAAUGUCUUCCAUUUACUUUCCACACAAGGAUGAAUUUCUGCUUGACUGGUUGUCGUCUAUGCUAGUCAAACCUCCAACAAAAAAGAAAGAGGAAAACCCACAAUUGGACGAAAGAUAUUGGAAGCUAUUGCGCGACCUUCUUAGACAUUAUGUGAACUCGAAAGCCAGCGACCGCAUACCAACUAUUCGAGUGCCAUUGAUAUUAUCGUUCUCAGCAGCAUUUCAAAAUUUUCAGGAAACGAAUGGUUGGGAUGCUCAAAAGGUGGUAUCACUUUACCGCUCCAUCCAAGACUGCCUCCAGCUCUUGACGCAGCCUGCGCUCGCUUUUGCCUACAGGCCAGCAAUGGAUCAACUCUUUACAACGUUCGAAAACUUGAUCUUAGUAAUAGACGGUCAAAUGCUUAUCGAUCGUUCUGAGAGUAAUCAACUUCUGGUUGAACUUAUCAGAUCUGCAAAUAUCAUCAUCCCGAACUUAGAAUCUCAUAUGCUCACAUCUGCUAAUCAACGAAAGGUGGGUCUUAACUUACUACAAGUCUAAAUUCAUAUUGCA